AUGCUUCGUCAAGUAAAACCCCGUAACGCCCGCUCCAAGAGAGCCCUCGAGAAGCGCGAGCCCAAGGCCGUCGAGAACCCCAAGACAUGCCUCUUCCUCCGCGGCAACAACUGCUCCCAGGUCGUCCAGGACGCCAUGAACGACCUCUUCUCCAUGCGCCAGCCCCUCUCCAAGAAGUUCACCAAGAAGAACCCCAUCCACCCCUUCGAGGACGCCGCCUCCAUCGAGUUCUUCUCCGAGAAAAACGACGCCAGCCUCUUCGUCUUUGGCAGCACCCAGAAGAAGCGCCCGCACUCGCUGACCUUUAUCCGCACGUUCAGCCACAAGGUGCUCGACAUGCUGGAGCUGUACCUCGACAACGAGAGCUACCGCUCCAUCUCGCAGUUCAAGACCAAGAAAUUCGCCAUUGGCAUGCGGCCCAUGAUCCUCUUCGCCGGCAGCGCCUUUGAGAGCCCCGUCCCCAACGAGUACACCCUCGCAAAGAGCUUCCUUCUCGACUUCUUCAAGGGCGAGCCCUCGGACAAGAUCGACGUCGAGGGCCUGCAGUACAUCGUCUCCGUCGCCGCAGAGGACACCGCCGGCGAGGGCGACGCCAAGCCCCCCAUCCACAUCCGCGUCUAUGUCAUCAGCACCAAGCGCAGCGGCCAGAAGCUGCCCCGCGUCGAGGUGGAGGAAAUCGGGCCCCGGAUGGACCUCCGGGUCGGACGAAUGCAGGAGGCAGACGAGGCCAUGCUCAAGGAGGCCAUGAAGAAGCCCCGCGGCGUCGAGGAGCGGACAAAGAAGAACGUUACCAUGGAUUCCAUGGGUGACAAGCUUGGUCGUGUACACUUGGGCAAGCAAGACUUGGGCCAGCUGCAGACAAGGAAAAUGAAGGGUUUGAAGAGGUCUCGUGAUGAUGGAAUCGAGCCAGAGGAUAUUAUCGCGGAGGAAGUACCUAAGAAGGCGAAGAAAUGA